CAGAGGAGUCCCAGCCUCUCCCCAAUGGAUAUCCUGAAACCCCCGCAGGGAGCGGAGGACGAGGAGGGCGAUUCGAAGGCUUCUGACCUCGCCACCUUUGCCAGUAACUCAACGCUUCACGGAAUCAGCCACGUCUUCCUGCCUGGAGGGGUGACCCCGCGCCGGGUGUUCUGGGCUUGCGCCUUCCUGGCAUCCCUCAGCAUGUUCCUCUACCAAGUGGUCGAUCGAAUCAUCUACUACUCGGAGUACCACCAUGUCACCACCUUGGAUGAGGAGGAAAGCCAACUCAUGACCUUCCCGGCCAUCACCAUCUGCAAUUACAACAGUUUCCGGAAGAGCCAGCUGACCCGCAACGACCUGGAGUGGCUGGACAAGUUCCUGGGCUGGGAGGACAACAAGGACGAUGCCAUUGCCAGCCUCAAUCUGACCAACGAGAAGUUCAAAGCCGUGAAGAUCGACAUGAAGGAGUUCUACAACCGGACCGGCCACUCUAUGACCGAUAUGAUUCUGGAGUGCCGCUAUCGGAACGAUGAUUGCGGCGCAUCGAACUUCUCCGUGGUGUACACCAGAUAUGGGAAGUGCUACACCUUUAAUUCGGGGAAGCCGGGAUUCGAAAUUCUCAACACACUGAAGGGCGGUACUGGGAAUGGACUGGAGCUGAUGAUUGACAUACAGCAAGACGAGUACCUACCUGUGUUUGGUGAGACAGCCGAGACGUCUCUGGAGGCCGGAGUGAAGGUCCAGAUCCACAGCCAGGAUGAGCCGCCAUUUAUAGACCAGCUGGGCUUCGGUGUGGCCCCCGGGUUCCAGACAUUCGUGUCGUGUCAGCAACAGCAGCUGAAGUAUCUGCCUCCUCCAUGGGGGGAUUGUAAGGACACCCCGUUUAAGUCGCCCUACUUCCCCAACUAUAGUAUAACGGCCUGCCGCAUCGACUGCGAGACCCGCUACAUCCUGGACAAGUGCAAAUGCCGCAUGGUCCACAUGCCGGGAGACGAGACGGUCUGCGACCCCGAGCAGUACGUGUUUUGUGCCGACGAUUAUCUGAAGAAAAUAGACCAGGCUGGGGAAAAUGGCGCGUCUGUGUGCGCCUGUGAGACGCCGUGUAAGAUGGUCCGCUUUGGGAAGGAGCUGUCCAUGGUGAAGAUUCCCAGUAAAGCCUCCUCCGUAUAUCUGGCAAGAAAAUACAACAAGACUGAACAGUACAUUGCGGAGAACGUUCUCGUUCUCGAUAUUUUCUUUGAAGCUCUGAACUUCGAGACGAUUGAACAGAAGAGGGCGUAUGAGGUGGCCGGACUGCUGGGUGACAUUGGAGGUCAGAUGGGACUCUUCAUCGGGGCCAGUAUCCUCACCAUAUUGGAGAUCUUCGAUUAUCUGUAUGAGGUGUUCCGGGACAAAGCUCUCGGCUAUUUCCAGAAGAGGAAGAAGUCCCAGAACAAGGAAUUGGACAAUCUGGUAAUCACACGAGACGUCUGCAGUGAGAGGCAGAGACAGACGGGUUAUUAG